AAGAGAAUGGGCGUGUCAAUCACACAGAUGACUUGAACCAUCAAGGUGCAUCGAAGAAAGUAGAAGAGAAUGGGCGUGUCAAUCACACAGAUGACUUGAACCAUCAAGGUGGAUCGAAUGGGUUUUAUUGCGCUCCUUCUUUCUCAGCAAGUCAGCUAAGCAGAAGUUCUAGUGAAGAAUCAAUCAUGGGGAACGCUAAUGUCUGGAACUCUCACCAUAAAAACUACGGUCCUGGUUCUCGUACUUGCCGUGUUUGUGGAAACCCCCAUGCCAUCAUCAGGAAGUAUGGUCUCAUGUGUUGCAGACAGUGCUUCCGCAGUUACGCCAAGGAAAUUAGUUUCAUCAAGUACCGUUAAGAAGAUGUAAGGCUGGAAUUCUAUUGCAGGGAAUGUUUCGCCUAAGAAGAUAUGAAACUUUAGAAAUGAUUUUGUAGACGUCAUUUGGAUAUUUUUUAGAUUUCAUUUGGAUUCUGAACCCCGGGCAAAUUCUAGUGAUGGUUAUAACUUAAAAUAUGGUUAUUGUGACAACAAAUUCUGUUCUUCUGUUUUCUUAAA